AUGGAUAUUCUGCAACAUCUUGUUUCAUUACUUCAAAAAAGUGUCACGGGUCCCGAAGCUACCUAUGAAGCCGACGCGACAAUCAAUUCUAUAUCGGCAAUCCUUAGAGAUAAACCAGUCACAGCUCAACCAGAAAAUAUACAAGCAUCUUUAAGGAAGCUGCACAGUAGUACAGAUGAGCAAGGGCUACCAGCAAAUGAAGUAAUCAAGCAUGUUAUCGAUGAAUUAUCGAUAGGGUUGGCGAGAGGGCAUAGUGGACCGAGAUUUUUCGGAUUUGUAACAGGUGGAUCGCUGCCUGUUGCUCAAAACGACACCAUCUCUACCGCUCUGGAAUUUCGAACACUCGAACUGAUACUGGAUUUAUUAAGCAUACCGCGUGAUACUUUCACGGGACGAUCACUGACAACUGGGGCUACGGCAAGCAACAUUUUGGGACUGGCACUUAGAGAUCCUUCCUACUCCACUAGUGAUCACGGAUAUCCUGCUGAUGUGGAGGUGAAGGUUCUUACGGAUAGGCACCAUGCCAGUAUUGAAAAGGCGGCUGCUAUCAUCGGCAUUGGCCGUAGUAAUGUCAUCAGUCUGAUCACUGAUUCCGGGAUGGGCAACAGAAGUUUUGCAACCAUUCUCAAGCAAACUUUGGGUGAUUACAAGAGUUCAGGCAAACAGGGAGAUUUUACAGACAUGACUGGGGUCAGAGAAAUUUGCACUGAAUAUGAUGCAUGGCUGCAUAUAGAUGCUGCAUUCGGUGCACUAGCCGCUCUUACACCCGAAUAUUCCCAUCUACGAGAGGAGCUCGCCUCUGCUGACAGUAUCACCACGGAUGCAACCUCAGCCAGCUCGGACUCGCCUCCCAACCUGGAAUGGGUACAAAGCGUACCGUCUCCUCUUCACAUGAACCUGGAAAACUCGCGUCGGUUCAUUGCUCUGCCCUUAUACUGUGCUGUGAUCAGCAUGGGGAGGUCAGGGUAUAGGGACAUUGUGCAACGGAACAUACAGUUUGCGCGUAGUGUGGCCUCAUGGAUGAGUAGCCCGGAGGAAGGUGGCCGUUGGUUCGAAGUUUUGAAUCUGAGGCUCUUGAAAUCAGGGGUUACAUCUGUUCCUCUUAACGUGGUUCUAUUUAGACCAAAGGAUGGAGCAAAUGUGCCACAGGUAUACCGCUCUUCUAUGCAUACUCAGCCUAACGGCGCGUCCGCUGCUCUGAUCCGUGAUAUCAACGCUACGAAAAAGAUGUAUGUCACACCAGGGGGCUAUCCAGGAGGGGCUAUCAGAAUUGCUGUCUCUAAUUGGAUGACUGGAUAUCAAGAUGAUGGGUCGCAAAUUAACCUUGAACUCCCCGCCCGACCAAUGUCUGAACAAACCUCAGCGGCUGAUAAUAAACCACAACUCUACUCCACUAGAGAGGAUUGGAAGGAUGUCACACCGAUCGAGCAGAGCGAUCUAGCGAACCCCCUAGUCCCGAUAUUCUAUCCUCCGGAUUGCCUGAUCUUGUUUCAACUCGAUAUAACUAAUGAUAUGCCAAACAGGCAGUAUCGGUAUGAUACAUUGAUGGAGCUACAGUAUCCCUUGGAAGAAGAGAUGAAAUUGAUGGAUGAGCUAGCGCUCCUUCAUCUAAAACAUUAUCAAGUUUGGCACCACCGGAAACUCAUCACCCUGAAGCUGAAGAAGCCAGGAAGAGAACUUACGUUCAUCGCCAAAGUACUGGCCGUUGAUGCCAAGAACUAUCAUACUUGGGCCUAUAGACAAUGGCUCCUGACGUAUUUUGACGACGACGAUCUGUGGCAGUUUGAAAUGCCUUUUGUUAAUCUUAUGCUUGACCAAGAUGUCCGCAACAACUCCGCUUGGCAUCAUCGAUUCUUCGUGGCCUUCGACUCCGGCGUAAGAACUGGAGAUGAGGAUCGCGAAGCGGUACUUCGAAAGGAAUUGAACUAUGUGAAGGAGAAGAUUUCCAUCGCUCCCAACAACUUGUCUGCAUGGAACUAUUUACGGGGGAUAUUGGACAAAGCAAAACGAAAUUACGGCACUCUAAGAGAGUUCGUGCUGCCUUACACU